AUGAGUGAUUUAUCUCGAGAUAACUGGAGCCAAUCAAGUUCUCCACUUCUAACAGAUUUAAAUGUGCCCAAAAUUGACAUCGAUGAUGUCGAUAUCGGAGCAAACUACGUAAACAUGGAAGGUUCCUCAUUUGAUAACUCGUCGGAACAGCCUUUACUAAAUAACGAACCCUCCAGAUCAGGAGUGUGGGCCCUGAGGUUUAUGGUUCUAACCUGGAUUGUAACCACAUUCCUGUUCUUCUUCUAUCGCGAACAAAUCUCAAAAUUAAUCAGAAUAAUUGCAACAUUUUGCGCUGAACAAGGCUCAUUGGUUUACCUGUAUUACAUCCUCAUUUACGCAGGGACAGUGCCGCUUCUGAUGUCUACGGAAAUACUCACAGUCACAGCAGGAUUCAUUUUUGCACACAUACAUGGCAAUGCCCUUGGAAUUUUCAUAUCAGUCUUGACUAGUUUUAUCGGUUACGCAGCAGCAAUGUCAAUAUGCUUCGUAUUGGCAAGAUACCUUAUAUACGAUUUUGUAAAUCGACGGUUCAGAUCAUAUAGAUACUACAACGCACUAAUGUCAGCAACCGAAAACGUUGGGUUCAAAAUGGUUUCGAUAAUUAGACUGUCGCCAUUUUUCCCCAGUGCCAUUUGUAGUUACAUCUUCGGAACAACAAACGUGUCAUUCAGGGACUUCUUCUGGGGUUCAAUCGGAUAUAUCCCAGCACUAACCUUCUAUUCCUACGCUGGCUCAUUGCUCGAAAGCCUUACAUCAGACGAACCAGUACACGGUUGGAGAACAGUACUAUACAUUUCAAUCUCGCUCGUUGUCUCCAUUGCCGGCAUGAUUUACGCUUCAAACUUGACCAGGGAACAUUUGCCAGAUGUUUGA